CAUGUUAAAAUUGAUGAAUACGUCUGGGAAGGACAGCCGCUGCUUUAAACAGAAUAGUGUGAGAACGGGUUGACUUGAGAUCCUUAAACACAUUUGUUUUCUUGAAGCCCAUUAAACAACUGAGAAAGCAAUAAUUUUGUAGCUGCUCCACACUCUUCCAGUGGACUGACUGGAGUGCUCUACUCUGUAGCACUUUUGACCUUCAAUGAACUUCAUGUCACAUUAGUAAAAUUGUUAUGCUCAGAUUGGACCUGCAUCCAAAUAGUGCAGUAUCCCAUGGUCCUGUGUUUUAAAUGUGCCCAUCCCUAGGACUAAGUAGGGAUUCAUUAUUCAGACAAUUCUGGAGUUGCUCUUUAGAUAUCGCUACAAUCUGAUAUGGUCUUCAGUACAAUGAUAUGUGAAACAUAAAUAUGACUUGUUUACAAGUAAUGAAAGGAUUAAUCAUCAAGAAUUGCAACCAGGAACUGUGAGCCCAGUUAUGUCCACACCUCAGCUUUAUAUUAGGGAGCUGUGAUACACCAUGUAGAAAAUCGAAAUGCAUUAGGAUGCAUCAUACAAGGGAGAAGCUACUGGUACUGUGAGUGACACUGAUGACACAAGAGAGACCAUGGUACAGUAAUGUUGCAGUCACCACACUACACUCACUACAAGUGACCUGGGAGAAAGGAAGUACUCUAUGGCUGCUGUAGGAGGAGUGUCAUUCAGCCAUAAAGAGUACUAUGUAGUAGGCUAGAGAAGAUAUUAAAGUGGUUAUCACCUGGCACAAUGGGUUUUGUAAGUGCUAUGUUAGGUGUAUGGCUCAUAGCUCAGGGAAUAGGCUGCACAGAAGAGCAAAAAGAUAGUUAUGUUUUUGUGAUUCUGAACCAACAAUCACCUGUACAUUACGAAGCUGCUCAGCAGUUGGCCUCCCACAUUAUCUCCGAGUCUAAACAGAUUGACCUGUCUUGUGUGGUACACAUAGCAUCAGAGGAGUGGCCUGACCUUGCUGUAUGGACAUACUUCCCACUGUUGGAGAGCCUGAGUAAACAGCAUGGGCAUAACAGCUCAUGGGUGGUGCUGCUUGAGGAAUGGGCCAUAGUCAGGUUAAAGAAGCUUGUUGGCAUCCUUCAGGAUUAUCCUUCUGCCCAGCUAUUGUUUAUUGGACGAGCAGUGAAAGAUGAAGAGGAGACCAUCAUUCACCACUAUGCUCGUGUGGACAGGAAGCAUCCCUUCCUCUUCCCAGAUGCUAGAGCUGGAGUGAUCUUGUCUACACCACUCCUCCGCAGACUUGCUGAAAGGUGGUCAAAUACUUCAAUGCAUCCUAGCUCAGACUUUACCAUUGAUGCCCAGUAUGAGUUUGCCAAGUUCAUCAACUCGUGUGGGAGUGAGCUGAGCCACCACGAGGGUUUGUGUGUCCUGGAGAAGCCAGGAUGUGCUGUGGCAUUUAACCCAUCAAGGAAAUGUGAAAGGAUAGUAAAUGCUCAUGAUGUUCAUUUUGCCGUGAAGAGUUGUGGUCAGUUUCACGCAGAGCGUCUGCCUGUUAUUCAGUCUACUUGGUUGAAGGAUGCUACCAACUAUGCCAUCUAUAGUGAUGUUGAAGAUGCCGCCUAUGGUACAGCAUCACUGGGGAUCCCCAACACUGAAAGAGGUCACUGCGGCAAGACGAUGGCCAUUAUUCGACAUGCAGCACAACUUGACUCCUUCCAAUGGUUGGCGGUGGUUGAUGAUGACACCCUCAUCAGUGUUCCUCGUCUUUGUGCGCUAUUAUCAUGUUACAAUUCCAAGGACCAUGUUGCUAUUGGAGAGAAAUAUGGAUAUGGGGCAACAUCUGCACGUGGCUACGGGUACAUUACAGGUGGAGGCGGCAUGAUCUUCAGCAAGACUUUGGUGGAACAGCUGGCAGUCCCUGGCACGUGUGAGUGCCCUAGCAAUGACAUCCCAGAUGACAUGUUUCUUGGAAUGUGUCUCAAGCGCCUUUCUGUUCCCAUCGUCCAUUCUUCAGCCUUCCACCAAGGUCGCCCUAUUGAUUAUCCAAAGGAGCUACUGGAAGGGGAAUUGCCUGUAUCGUUCCACAGGUACUGGAUGGUGGAGCCUCGUCAGGUGUAUGCCCGCUGGCUUGACCACUCCUCUGACAAAAAGCAUUCUUCUGGUGGCGAUUUCUUACCAGUCAGUGUUCACACGGAACUGUAGGACAUCCUGUGUGUGUCUUCUCCAGUUACCACUUUGGAAUUCUAAUGCCACUAUAAUUAUUUGAAUAUAUUUAUAAUAAAGUGGUCGAGUUUUGGAAGAAUACACUGUAAACUAAAUCUUAGGAAAUUAAUGUAAUACCAAAUUCAACGUUCUAAGCCUAUGAAUAACUUCACAAACAGAAGACGAGUAUAAAUAUCAUGUACAGUGGAACCUCAGUUUUCAUAGUUAAUCCGUUCCCAGAGACGUUACGAAAACUGAAAGGAAUUUUCCCAUAAGCAAUAAUGUAAAUUGAAUUAAUAUUUUUGGGGGUGUGGAACGGAUUAAUUUAAAAAUACAUUUUAUACAGAAUAUCACUCAUAUGUUUCACACACAAAACAAUCAGGUAUAAAUUUAUACCAUAAAUAAAUAAAGUGAUCAUUUAACUGCACUUUACCUUUACUGGGGACUCUUGUUGGCGUACGGGAGAUAGGGAGGAGGGAGAAGGGAAGAGGGAGGGAGGAGUGGUGUUGGUGUAUGGGGAGGGUGAGGAGGAGGGAGGAGUGGUGUUGGUGUAUGGGGAGGGUGAGGAGGAGGGAGGUGGUGGUGAGACUGUCCCCUGGUCGUCUUAAAUGCUUUCAUAUCUGCAUCAAUUGUUCCAGAUUUUCCUUUUACACAUUUCACUGCCACUUAUGUGGCAGCCAGUCAGAACCAGUCACUUAGUCACAAGUCAGUCAAGCAUUCACAGUUAAAACCAAUCACAGGCAGUCAUAACCAAAGGCAGUCAAGCAUUCACAGUUGUGGUAGCAACCGGUUAGGCAUUUACAGGCAUUCAGCCAUUUACAGUCAAUCAGGCUUUCACACAGUAAACAACAAGUGUUUAAUGUCGGGCAGUCUGCCUCCUGAUAGCAAGGAAGCCUUCCGUAUUAAUACUGUCCAGAUGUAGCUGGGGGGGGGGGGCCGUGUGGGGGAUGAAGAUAGCAGGGAGGGUCCGGUGGUGGUAUGGGGGUAGUGGGGAGGGUACAGAGUGGGGGAUGGAGGUUCACUCCCACCAUCCAUCCAGUCCACUCACUAUCCAUCUUGGGACCCAUGGCACGAUAUAUAAUAAGAACUUUACUGUUCAGAAAACAAAAAGGCAGAAACUAUGAAAUUCUUCACAAAGAAUUCAAGCGCGGGCAUCACCUCAGCAGGACGCUGGUAAACUGAGGUGUGCCUCGCCAUGAUGCCACGAGCUUGGUGGACCUGGAUGUGUAUAAACGGAUUCUGAACACCGAGGCAAAUAACGAGUACCGAAUCAAAUUUUUAGGAGAAAUUGACUACGAGUACUGAAAAUUACGAGAACCGAGGCUCCACUGUAUUGCUGCACAAGCCGUUGCAGAGUUUUGGUGAGGUAGCAAAGUAAGAUUCUUUUUCAAUACAUGAAAGUGUUAUAAUAUUUACCCAGACACUGUAUACUGUAUGUAUCUUGCUGUCAUGUAAUUUGAGUUAAGAGCACUCACUAUUGGUAGAAGCUUAACAGUUCUCAUUAAUGGUAAAUAUAUUAUGUUUUAUUUUGUUUGUACAAGACAGAGUGAUAAAACAAUUAUUACUGUAUAUCAAUUGAAAAUUACAACUGGGUCAUCAAAACUGAAUGGUGUUUGACAUUUCUUUCACUUUGUGCAAAAUGUUCAAGAAAAAUAUUAAAGUGUGUGGCAUGAAUUUUCAUAUUUCCAGUCUUUGAUGGGGAGUGCUUCCUCACCCACAUGUACGAGUGAAAUGAGAGCAAUGAUGAAAAUAGAAUACAUAUACAAUAUUUUGCUGUGGCUAAUAUCAUAACAUUUUAGUUGCAUCAGUGAUGAAUGUCUCUGGUGCUGAAGUUACCCAGAUGACUGUACUCACAAGCAUGUAUGUACUCAGAAUAAAGGGGGAUAGAACAAACUUUCAAAA